UUUUCUUUUGAACUUGUAUCUUUCUUAUGCUUCCCUUUGAGCUACAGUUCACAGGUCAUUUGAGUCAAAACUUCAAUUUUCACAAAUGAUUAAGUUUUUUUCCGAUUAAAAUCAUAGAGAUAUGCCUAAAAUAUAUAUAUUAGCGUGACUUUAUUUGUUCCCGCCCACCUAUUGCCAAUUUACACAAGGAGAGUAUAAUAUAUGAGAAAAAAGACAGGAUUAGCCUGUUGUUCAAAAAUACGGGCAUGUGGGAAGUGACGUCAAAGGAAUAAGACACGAUUCAGCCUAUCAUGCAAUCACUAUCAAAAUCAGAUCGAUUCCUGCCUGUCUCCACUGCUGCCUUCUUGCUAACUUUUUUACCUAGGGUCAAACAAAAUGGGCGUCUUUAGCGAUGUUUUGGUCUGCACAUUUGUCCUGGCGACAUUUCUAGGCAACGGAGAUUGCAGAAAGGCAAAAUCGAAGGUUGUAUUUGUGACACUGAGUUUUGAAUCAAGCCCUUACUUCAAUUGUUUAGAGUUAGCGGAAGAGUUGGUGAGGCGCGGACUUGAGGUUUCAAUUCUCACAACGAAACAUAUGAAAACACGAAAGAGCACUGUGAAACAUGUUGAAUAUCAACUACCGAAUCCACAGUUAGCAGAAGAGAUCCUUUAUCGUUUAGGCGCUGUAUCUAAUCAUUCGGGACUAUAUACCUUCUUCUCUGCAUUUAAAAUCCUAUCGCAGGUUUUUCUAGACUCAUGCUUUGCAAUGCUGAAAAACAAAAAUGUUCUUAAAGAGAUAAAGGAUGCGGACAUGAUCGUAACAAUAUCAGUGAUGCCAUGUGGGCACUAUAUUGCUGAUAUGUAUGACAAGCCAACAAUAGCACUGCACCCAGCUUCGUUUUCUCCUAUCGCCUCGGAAACUGGGGUUCCGAGCCUUGCCAGCUUUGUCCCGAUGAUUACAGGUCCGUUUACUGAUGAAAUGCAUUUCUUAGAGAGAGUACAAAAUUUUGUCGACUACAGGUUUAAAGAUAUUAUUGUGAAUUUUUGGGUGACAUAUUGGUUUCGAAACUACAAUCUGCAAACGACUGGAAAAGUAAAGGGAGUUACCCUGAAGUUUUCGGGAAAGUGGAGAUGUUCAUAGUGCCGCUUGACUUCUCAUAUCAGUAUGUCACCCCAAUAAUGCCAAAUACCUUCUUUGUUGGAUCAUUUUUGACAAAGCCAUCAAAACAGUUACCUGAAGAUCUUGAAGGGUUUAUGCAAAGCUCUGGAGAGCACGGAGUUGUGUUGCUUGCUUUUGGUAGUGCAGUGUGUAGUAUGGACCAAAUCAUUGUUGAGAGAAUUCUAACUGCCAUUUCACGCAUGAAGCAAAAGUUCAUCUGGAAAUUGAAAUGUGAGUUUUGUUUAUUUAUUUAUCUGAACCUGAAAGCACUGAAAUGGGUACCCCAGAAUGACAAACUUGGCCACGAAAAGACAAAGGCUUUCGUUAGUCACAUGGGCAUAAACGGAGCCGCUGAAGCUGCGUAUCACGGUGUACCGAUUGUCGCUGUGCCGUUUAUAGCUGAACGAUUGCACAAUACGAUUAUGUUUUCUAAGAAGAUGAAAAUGGCCAAGAUUAUCGACAUUAAAACUGCUGACGCAGAGACAUGGCAAAGGACUAUCGAAGAAGUCAUAUACAAUUCUAGCUACAAGGAACAUGCAAUGAUGACGUCAAAACGUUUGCGAAGCUGGCCUAAAUCAGGCACAGAGAGAGCCGGAGAUCUUGUUCAGUAUGCACUUGAUAAUGGUGGACGUCUGCCUCAUUUGAAGUCAAACGCAAACACUCUGUACUGGUUCCAAUACUACUGUGUCGACGUCAUUACGUUGUUGCUUGCGCUGGCAGUGUUGUUGCCUUUAGUUAUCUUUAAAAUGCUGAAGUUCUUGCUUUCGUUGCUGUGGAGGAGUACAGAGAAAUCGAAGAAGGAUUAGGUUGCUCAACAAAUAGUUUCU